UUCAGGAUUAUCAGAACAAAAAAUACGGUAUCAUAAGCCGUACUAUAUGUAUACUGCUGAUAAAAUUACCAUUCAUACCUGUGUCAUAACUAGCCUAUAUGUUGCAUUUGAUAACAGCACAUAUGGUAAAAUAUAAAAACAGCGCGACGGUCAGUCACAAUCUGAAGCUAAAACCAUGCAAACGUCAAAGUUAAAACGAGUGUUUUGUUUGGUGACAAUCAAUAAAAACGUCUUCAGAAAUGCUGCUGUGGACAGUGCGUCCUCGCAAGAAAUUGGUAAAGAUAUAGAUGGCAUACGAUUAAAGUCAUUGAAGGAAAUACCGGGACCAAAAUCACUACCCGUUAUAGGGCAUCUGCACCAUUUCUUUCAAAACGGCGAACUACACGGCUUGUCAUCAUUUGAAUUGGGGGAGAAAUUGUUCAAGAAAUAUGGCCCCAUCUCUCAUUUGAAGACCAUUGGAACACCACCAGUUAUAUUUUUAGGGGACCCCGAAAGUUGUGCACAAAUCCUCAGAGGAGAUAAUUGGUUACCCGUAAGGCCAGGGUUCAAUUCUCUGGAUUAUUACAGAAUUAAACACAAAAAAAAUAAAAAUCCCGAAUAUUCCGGACUACUGACCGAACAUGGAGACAAAUGGAAAAACUUCAGGUCUAAAGUCAACCCAGCCUUGCUGCAACCGAAAACAAUCAAACUGCAUCGUACUGUUCUUGAAGAAGUUGCUCAAGAUAUGGUCAACAGACUUAGGUCAAUUCGAGCAGAAAAUAAUAUGAUAAAAACUAGUUUCGAUGUUGAAAUGAACUUAUGGGCAUUAGAAUCCAUCGGUGUAGUGGCACUUGGCCAGCGACUCAACUGUUUUGAUCCCAAUUUGCCCGAAGAUUCACCAGCGGGGAGGCUCCUAAAAGCUGUGGAAGAAAUAUCCAUACUAGUCGAGGAAUUGGAGUUUAAAUCUAACCUUUGGCGAUUAUAUUCUACACCAGAAUUUAAAAAAGCUAUGCAAAUAUAUGAGGAUCAUGAAAAUUCGACUAAAUAUUUCGUGGAUAAAGCAAAGGUGAAACUUAACACCAAGAACUUAAAUUCUAAUGAAGAAAAAGGUGUCUUGGAAAAAUUACUAGAAGUAGAUGAAGACGUAGCGCAUAUAAUGGCAUCUGACAUGUUAUUUGCUGGGAUAGAUACGACUGCAAACACAUUAACAGCGUCUCUAUAUCUUCUGGCGAUCAAUCCAGAAAGGCAAGAAAAGCUUAGAGAAGAAUUGAAGUCACAACAGAAAAGACAUUACUUAAGAGCUUGCGUAAAAGAAUCUUUAAGAAUAUUGCCGGUUUCCUCUGGAAAUGCUAGAAAAACAACUAAAGAAUAUAAUAUAUUGGGAUACCGCAUACCUAAAGAUAUAUUAGUUGUAUUUCAACACGAAAUGAUGUCGAGAAUGGAAAAUCAGUAUCCCAGACCUUUGGAGUACCUGCCAGAGAGAUGGCUUGUAGAUAAAGAAGACCCACUGUACUACGGCAACGCACAUCCAUUCGCUCACAAUCCUUUUGGUUUUGGUGUUCGCAGUUGUAUAGGUCGUCGCAUAGCGGAAUUAGAAGUAGAAACAUUCCUCGCCAAAAUGAUAGAGAACUUCAAAGUUGAAUGGUUCGGACCUCCGCUCAAAAUUAAAAGGACCUCCUUAAACUACACAGCGCCACCCUUUAAUUUUGUCUUAAAAGACAUCUAAAUAUGGGAAAAUAUAAAAUUGCAUACGAUAUUAUAAAAAAGACUCGCGCUCAGAGGAAAUUCUCGGUUUACUUCUAAUUUGUAACUAUCCAGUAACGUUUCCUGAUAAUCAUCCUCAUUAAUUCUAACUGUAAAGAUUUAUUUUGAUAAAU